AUGGCGACGAGGAUACCGCACCUACUGGAGAGCUACCUCGCCCUCCCGUCCGAAUACGCUCAGAUCCUGCUCACCAGCGUCCUCGGCGCCAGCACCAACUGGCUCGUCCUGCGGUACCUGUACACGUACCUCAGGAAACUCAACGCCGCUGCCGAGGAAGGGACCGCCUCUGCAUUGCAGAGCGAGGAUGGCCUCGACCUAGAAGGGCUGGGAAGAAGCGGCAAAUUCGUCUUCGUGGACGGGCUGAGUGGGUUGUUCUCCUCCCCUCACCAGGCGCCGCCGACGACGGCGACGCCCAAAGGUCGGAGGAUUAUCCGCGGGGCAAGGCUAGCUGAUAUCCAGCGCGAGCUGGACGGCGCGAUAUCCGAUGUGUCCACGGCGGAUGCGAAGACGGUUCUGAUUGUGGACCAGCCGGACCUCUUGCUCGCUGCGUCUGGCGAGGACCUCACGGGUCUUGCGUUAAGGGAUAUGUUGCUUGGUGUACAAGAGAAAGUCCACGCCUCCAUCAUCACCGUCGCAGCAGACGAGCCGCUCAUCGCGGCGCAAACCACGACACUAGAGAAGGAGCAUGCGAGUCUCGUUCUCGGGCUGGCGCAUGCCGCGGAGACGGUGAUUGGUCUGAGGCUGCUCGACACGGGCAACGCGAGCGAUGUCAGCGGAGUGUUGAGGGUCACGGCUGGAGGGGGUGGCGAGGAGGAUAGGGCGGUUGAGGAGACGGAAUUGUUGUACUUUGUUGGUGGGGAUGGGAGCGUCAAGGUGUUUGGGAGGGGGCAGUGA